AUGGACGUGAAACUCAGCACCAUCAUCAGCCGCUUCGUCUUCACCCUUCCCAGCCUCUACGAUGAUGGUCGCGAUGGCUACGACGCCGUUGUGCCCUCUCCAGACGACGAAGGCACCGAGGAGAGCUGUGGCGUUGCGUACGCCCGCGCUGCACAUUGUGAUGAGGCCCGAACGGCCGCAAGGACGACGCAGACCGGGUUGACAUCACCCGUCACGCGGUCCGGCGCGCCAGCGUCACCGACGGAGCAGCUGGGCAUCACAGGCGCAUGCGCGUUCGUGAGGGACGGCGGGGCUGCAUCAUCGACACCACAACUUAUUCUUGGUCGUGCUGCUGCACGCGGCAACAGCGGCCGCAGCACCGUCGCGACGCCUCAGCACGGCGUUGGUGACCGCGAGGGUGGUGGUGUGUGGUGGAGCGCGUCGCCGCACCUGCCAGAUCUUGUGCAGCUGGCGGCGCAUGCUUGGAACGUGGAGCUGCACCGCGGAUCGGCGGGUGCUGCGAGCCACUGCGUGCUGCGGCUGCCCCCGUUUACCUUCGGCAAGACCCUCUGCCGGGGCCCGGUGGUGUGUGUGCUGGCGUCUGGGGUGGUGCGCAUGGCGACACACGGCAGCGUGGCUGCAACGGAGCUGCUCGCCCGGCGCGUCCGUGACGCAUUACACGAGGCCUGCGAACCGUUGGCAGUGCGCAGGGCGGCCCGGGAGGAGCUGCUCUUGAUGCGGGCAGUGCUGGAGGACGACGGCGAAGAAGAGGCGCGCGCGCGACGCCACUGCACGGCUGCACUCAAAGCCGAGGCGAGGCUGCCUAGCAGCGGCAUGUCGCUGUCAACCGCGCUGGCCGGAGAUGCAGCGACGGGCGGUCAACACGGGCGCAGGAGCGCCUUUGGAUCUUCGUUGACGGGUGCUAGGCUAGGGUCCUUGGCGCAUGACAAGGCGGGCCAUGCUCUGCCAACGCUCGCGUCAACGCCAUCAGCGCUCUCUGCGAGGGCGUGCAAGAUAGACUUUGUACAAGCGGUGGCGACCCCGCGCUGGGACGAGAUCGUCGGCCUGCGUGCCUCGCUCUUCGCGCCAACCUCAGCAGCCCCUGGCACUGAGAAGGGCGGCGGCGGCGGCGUGGCUAAGGUGGAUCGGGACGCCGAAGGAGCCCCCCGCGUAUCGGUGCGACGCGCGAGUGUCAACGUCCGCGGUGAUGCGCCGAUGGAGUGGUGGCGGUGGUACCUCGGCGUGCAGGCCGACGAUCACGGCGUGGGUGGAGGCGAUGGCAGUGGUGUCGCCUGGCGUGGGGGAGGUGCCACGUCGACUGCUGCCACGAAUUCGGGGAAACCCUUGCUAGGAGACCGGAGUGGGGUGCCACUGCCGGGGCCCGGGCUCAGCGGCGAUGCCUCCGAAGGAGGCAACACAGAUGCUCGCAGGCCCAACAAGACGACAGGGUUCUGGACCUGCGCUGGGUACGCGGACGCAUCUCCGGAGAAUGCCGCGAAGUUUGUGCGCUUCCUGCAGCGUCGACGCACGUUGCUGGCACCCCACGUCGCCUCCUUCAAGCUGCGCCGUCAAGCCACUCAGAACAGUCUUCAAAUCCUGCUGGACUGGCGAACAGCCACCCCGCCGCCACCACCAGCACCACCACCGCCUCUCUCUGCAGCAGCGGCGCCGCUCGCUCGAGGGUUGGUGGGACAUCUGACGGCAGUGGGACAGCCGCUGCCUGACUCCGGCGCGCCAUCUGUGUCUGCUGCUCCGGCCAGGACUGACACCAGCGGCAACGCUUGGGUGACGGAGGCGAGCGCGGCCAACUUCUUCAUGGAGUCGACCUUCAUUGCCGAGUCCACGGCGCCGUAUGGACUGGAGAGUGUGCGGAGGCCAACGGAUAGGGUGUCAUCCGCCGACCCCGCGCUGCCGGCGAGCAUGGUUUCGGGCGACGGGAGCGUAGAAAACCUCUACGGCAGCACGGCGCACACGCCGGACAGUGGUCGGGACAGCAUGUCUGCGCUGCUCGAACCCACUGUAGGCCACUCUGCGGUGCGGCGCGACAGCAGCAGCAACAGCAGCAAGGACGACAGGACCGCGACCAAGGCUGCACCCCAAAAGCGCAAGCGCGGCGUUGCAGCAGCCCAGAUAUCGACGGCAGCUGCGGCGAUGGAGCAUGUCACCUGCAUUAUCCACCGCACCGGCCGUGUGCAGAUGACCGCCGCGUCGGAGCUGGCGCUGCGGCAGAUGUGUGCCAUGCUGCUCAUUCCGUUCUUGGUGGCUACGGCGGAGGUGGAGCUGUGA